AUGAAACUCUCCGUCCUGAAGGCUGCCGCGGCGCUGUGUGCGACUCUAACGCCCGCUGCUGCGUUGGAUGAGGUGCUCACGGCGCACAAGGUCGAGUCCCUCCCGGGGUACAACGACCCCAAGCCCAUCAACUUCAACCAGUACGCAGGGUACUUGGUUCUCCCGUCCACGGGGCAAAAGAUGUUUUACUGGUUCGUCGAGUCGGAGACGAACCCGCAGCUGGAUCCGAUCGUGCUGUGGCUCAACGGCGGCCCCGGGUGCUCAUCCCUCGGCGGAUUCUUCACCGAGCUCGGGCCGUUCGUCGUCGAGAGCGACUUGACCGUCAAGCGCAACCCGUACGCGUGGAACCGCAAAGCCAACAUGUUGUUCCUCGAAAGUCCCGCGGGCGUCGGUUUUUCGUCCCCGCUCUUGAACGAGACCGACUACAACGACGUGACGACUGCCGCCCGCGCCCACGAGUUCCUUCAGCUCUGGUUUGCGUCGUACGCGUCGUUCAAGAACCGCCAUUUUUACAUCACCGGGGAAAGCUACGCCGGGCAGUACAUCCCGUACCUGGUGCACAAACUCGUCAAGGAACCGCUCGACGGGGUCUCGCUUGUCGGGAUGGCCAUCGGCAACCCUGUCACGGACGACACGAUCGAUGGCAAUGCGUACAUGGACUACUACUACUCGCACGGGAUGAUCUCGCUGGAAACGUACGAGGACAUGACGGCCAAGUGCCAGGACAAGAUCGGUGUGUACGCGGGCCUGUAUGCCACGUCGCCGUGCAUUGUCGACUUGAACGUGACGUGCUCGAACGCGUGUGAGGCUGCCGUGAAGGAAGGAGUGAUCGCGGCCGACGUGAGUCUCCUCGACCCGUACUUUAUCUACGGCGACAUUUGCCUCCUCCGCAACAAUCAAGUCGGGGCGUUGCAGUACCGCAAGUCGGCCGCGUUGCCGCGCCGGCCGCACACGCCAUGCGCGGCCGAGUUUACCAAGGCCUACUUGAACCUGCCCGCUGUCCGCGCAGCCAUUCACUCGCACGCAACGAUCCCAGCCGAGUGGAACGAUUGCAACGACGACGUGGGCAAUGUCUACCACCGCAGCCCGUCGAGCUUGCCGCUGUACCCAGACAUUUUAGCGACCGAGUUGAAAACGCUCAUCUUUAGCGGUGACGCCGACUCGAUCGUCAACUUUAUCGGGACCGAACGGUGGCUCGGCGGCCAAGGGCUUCGACUCAAAGUCGUCGAGAAGUGGCACGCAUGGUUCGGCCCCGACAAACAGCUCGCCGGGUACACGCAAAAGUACGACGGAGUGACGUUCAAGACGGUCAAAGGCGCCGGCCACAUGGUCCCAUCGACGCGGCCCCUCCAUGGCCUGUACAUGUUUGAGUGCUUUGUGUACGGAAACGAACUGUGCGCGACGUUCGACUACCCCAAGGACAACUUGGAGUACCUGAGCGGGAUGACAACGAGCUCGGGUGACGACACAACUGGCGCUGCGUCGUCGCCGUCCGCGCUGCCCAGCGGAGCGUGGGCCGUGGCAUUUGUGGCCCUCGGUGUCGGUCUGACCGUCUUGGGAAGCGUUGGCUACAAGCACUUUCUCACCCGCCGCCGCCGUCAAGAUGAAGCGUCGUCGAGCUUGACCAAGCAGACUGUCCCGACGUACUCGGACUAAUCUCGUUCUAACGCGACGAUGCUGCGUUUGCUGUGA